AUGUCUGAACAACCAGAGGAAGUUGAACCUGAACGCACUCCGGAAAAUUCCUUGGACAUAGAUGCCUUGUGGCAGAAGGCCGAGUUGACUUUGAAGGAGGAGCGUGCCAAACAGACCUCCAACGCCUGGAGUUCCUACCGGGGACUGAGCUCCAGAUCUGCCCCGUUGCGGGCCCCGUUGAGGGGUCCCAGCCAUGGAGCUCCGAGGGACGAGUGCUUGGAGGAGGAGUGUGCCACACAGACCUCCAACGCCUGGAGUUCCUACCGGGGACUGAGCUCCAGAUCUGCCCCGUUGCGGGCCCCGUUGAGGGGUCCCAGCCAUGGAGCUCCGAGGGACGAUUCCUUGGAGGAUCUCUGGAAGGAAGCGGAGUUGGAGAUCCACCGCCGGAGGGCCAUGGCCCAAAAGGGGAAGGGUUUUCGAGUCUAUGACAUCUCGGAUGGGAAAGGCAAGGGAUCCAAAGGAUCCAAAGGAUCUAAGGGAUCCAAAGGAUAUCAGGAGAUGCCAAGGGUCUAUCCCAGUAAGUCGGCGGAGAACUCCUGGAAAGAUACGCUACAGAAGCAGGGUCGAUGUUGGAAGAUUUUGCUGAGCAGGAGACAGAUCGAUGAUCGCAUUUUGAUGCAUUGGUGUAAAUGGGCCCAGAGCCAUUUGGAGCGUUUGCCACCCAAGGCCGUUGUUUCACUGGUUGACUUGUCCUUCAAUCAGAUUUCUGCGGUUGGCUUAGAAGUUUUGCUGCAAACUCUCAGUGACGCCGACGUGCCGGUAGAAGAAAUCAGCCUUCACCACAACGUGUUGAAUGAUGCGGCCGCCAACCAGCUGGCGCAGUAUCUGCAGCGUUCACAGUACACUUUGUAUGAGUUGCACCUGUCGCACAACCAGAUCUCGGAGUUGGGGGCCAGGAGCCUCCUCGAAUCUGCAGUAAAAGCCCUGCAGAGCCCAUCGGAACUGCUUUGUGGGAGCCGACCCACCGUCCGAUAUCCCUGCGAUCGACAGGGUCAACUGGUGCCUUUGUUCCUGCGUUUGAGUAACAAUCGCAUUGGAUUUGGCCGAAGUUCAAAGUGGGUGCAAGACUUUUUGGAGAGCAUGGAACAUGAGUUGUUGACCACCAGGAGACAGGUUUCCCAGACGGUCUCAGACGAUCCCUGGGGAGCCCUGGCGCCUCGAGAAGCCAAACUCUUCUGCGAAGCCUUGGGCGGCUUCGGCUGCCACCAGUCCAGAUGCACUCAGAUGCAUCCGGAGCUUCCGGGUCUUCCCCCUGGCCCUGCGGUGCACCUGCCCAUGUUCGACCAACAAGACGUGCGUCGGGAACUUCGCCAGGGACCCAGGGAGGGCCACCGCGGCUUCGACCGCCGCCAUGGUCGCCCUGGACGGGAGCGGGGCGACAGGCGCCAUGGCCCGAUGGACGGGAGCAGAGUGGUCCCGGCGCUGACGAGAUCGGUGGAGCAGGUAGAUCUCUUAGACUUGGACUGGGAAGCUCCAGCCGUGGCUGAGGCCCCGGACCAAGGCUAUGGAACUGUUACCAAUUCCACCCAUGGGACCAGCGACAAGGGCACGGCCACUUUGCUGGAAGACCUGACGCUGUCGGAAGGUUCUGAGGUGGUUCUACAGGCUGGUAAUGUGGUCAAAGUCUUGUACGAAGGAUCAGAAGACUUGGACGAUGAAGGAUAUCUCUUCGUCUCUAUUCAAGACUGGGAAGGUGAGAAAAUUGCUCAGGCUGCCUUGGCUGUGCAACUUGCGGCAGAACAGGAGCAACUGUUGGAGGCCUUUGCUGAAGCAGCUGCAUCCGGAGAUCCUUCUGCCAUCAAGAAAGCGAGGGACGCGGCCAAGAAGGGUGGCGUGCCAACCAAGGAGAUUGCCCGAGUCUUUGCGCUGGCGCAAGCGCAGAGACCUGCAGAGUGA